CUCGGGGCCAUGGAGUCUCAGGUGGCGGGGGGCCCGGCUGGCCCGGCCCUGCCCAACGGGCCACUCCUUGGUACAAACGGAGCCAGUGAUGACAGCAAGACCAACCUCAUCGUCAACUACCUGCCCCAGAACAUGACCCAGGAUGAGUUCAAGAGUCUCUUCGGCAGCAUUGGUGACAUUGAGUCCUGCAAGUUGGUUCGGGACAAGAUCACAGGGCAGAGCCUCGGCUACGGGUUUGUGAACUACUCUGACCCCAACGAUGCAGACAAAGCCAUCAACACCCUCAACGGCCUCAAACUGCAGACGAAGACCAUCAAGGUGUCCUAUGCCAGACCCAGCUCCGCCUCCAUCCGGGAUGCGAACCUGUACGUCAGCGGGCUCCCUAAGACCAUGAGCCAGAAAGAGAUGGAGCAGCUCUUCUCCCAGUACGGCCGCAUCAUCACUUCUCGCAUCCUGGUGGACCAGGUCACAGGUGUCUCUCGGGGUGUGGGAUUCAUCCGCUUUGACAAGAGGAUUGAGGCCGAGGAGGCUAUCAAAGGACUGAACGGGCAGAAGCCGCUAGGUGCGGCCGAGCCCAUCACGGUCAAGUUUGCCAACAACCCGAGUCAGAAGACCGGGCAGGCCCUGCUCACUCACCUCUACCAGUCCUCCGCCAGGCGCUACGCAGGCCCCCUGCACCAUCAGACACAGCGCUUCCGGCUGGACAAUUUGCUCAACAUGGCCUACGGAGUCAAGAGUCCCCUGUCGCUCAUCGCCAGGUUCUCACCCAUCGCCAUCGACGGCAUGAGCGGCCUCGCGGGCGUGGGCCUGUCGGGGGGCGCGGCGGGCGCUGGCUGGUGCAUCUUCGUGUACAACCUGUCUCCGGAGGCGGAUGAGAGUGUGCUGUGGCAGCUGUUCGGGCCCUUCGGGGCAGUCACCAAUGUCAAGGUCAUCCGCGACUUUACCACCAACAAGUGCAAGGGCUUCGGCUUCGUCACCAUGACCAACUAUGACGAGGCGGCCAUGGCCAUCGCCAGCCUCAACGGCUACCGCCUGGGCGAGCGCGUGCUGCAGGUGUCCUUCAAGACCAGCAAACAGCACAAGGCCUGAGCCACCGCCGCCCUCCCCACCCUUCCCGGGCAGCAGAGACAGAGAGAGAGAGAGAGAAAGAGAGAGAGAUUGAGAGAGAGAGAGAGACAGGGGC